AUGCUACUUGAAUCAACUCAUACCAACAUUCUUUUAUCAUUUGUUCGUUCGAUAUCGAAAUCGAAUGAUCCCGAUCAAUUAUUAUCCUAUAAUCAACGUGCUUCUCGUUUAUUGAGUUCAUUGCUAAAACAAAUUCGUGAUCGUAUUCAACCUGAUCAUCAAGUUAUUAUUGAUCAACGUUUAGAAAAUGUUCUUAUCUCAUUAGCUUAUUUAGCUGUUGAGCUCACAGAUAGAUCUGAAGUUCGAGCAGAUAUUGUACAAGUCUUACUGGACUUUUAUCAAGAAAUUCCUAACGCAAAGUACUAUGAAGUAGCAUCAAAUAAUUAUAAACAUAGUCUACCGCCUGCAGAAGUAUUUAGUUUUAGUUUUCAUACAGCUUUAACUGAAUUAGCUUCAACAUCAGAAGAUAUACAAAUAAGAGAUAAAAUAAUGGCACUUGUUGCUGAUAUUAUUCGACGAAUAGUUGAAAGUAUACGUAAAGCAGCGUAUGAUCAUUCGAAAGAGAGAUACCGAUCAAUUUAUCGGUUUGAAGUGCCAUUUUUAUUUGGAGCUCUCCGAUCCAUUGGACGAAUAUCAAUCACAGAUCAAAGUUUAAUGUCACAAUUAUUUCCAAAUAGUUUUACUCCUUGUACGCAAUCUAUUUAUAUCGAACAAGCUGAAACAGUCAACAAUUCAACAACACAAGUGAAAUCUCCCACCAUAGCAUUUCGUCCGAUAAUCCCAAAAGCUUUAACGAAAAAUGUUCUGUCAGCUACCAAUGAAAAUCUACAAAAUAUGAUACAUUCCAAUACGAACUUUUUCUUAUCGGCUACUGAUCAACAGGAUUAUUCAGCAAGUUUUAAUCAUCUUUCAUCAACAUAUCGAUCGCUUUCUUCGGUGGAUAGUAAUGAUCUUCCGAUGUUUGACAAUGAUAUUCCAGUACAUAGUUUAUUUUUUUCUGUUACUGGUUCAACCUAUCGUCGUCAAAUAAAUGCACCAUCUUAUAUGUAUUCAGAACGAUUUCGUGUUUGUCUUACUGUACCUAUAUUAGAAUAUUUAAAUGAAACACUAAAAUUAAUUGAUAAUCGUGUGGUUAAAUAUUUGGAUAAAGUAGCGGUGGUGGAAUAUGAUUCCGUAAAUCGAACGCAAUUAUAUUCAUCAAGUUCGAAAUUUCCAACACGUCAUUUUCCUUACACAUAUUUUGGUGAUAUACUUAUUUUAUGUAUUAUAAAAUUAUUUCGUGAUAAUCUUGAAUUACUCGGUAGAUUUAAUGAACGAUUAUCAGCGAUAACAAAAUCAACUUAUUUAUUUGUACAACAAUUAAUAGCAUUGAAAUUGUUGGAUUUAGAGAAUGAUGAAUAUGAAAGAAAUUCACAUCGCUAUCGAACACGUGUUGAUGCAAAUGCAGCAGCACUCGAAUUACUUUGUUUAUCAUGUGAUGACGAAAUAGAAGCGGAAAAAUUAUGUACAAAAUGUGCUGAAAAAUUUAGUCAAGAAUCAUUAAGUAUCAAAUUGUUAGCAGCACAAAUCCCCCUAUUAGUGACGUCAUUAGAGGUUUUAAGUCGAAUAGCAGAAAAACAUAAAUCAUUAGCAAUCUAUACAGUUCGUGCAUUAUGUGAUUUUCUAACUGAACCAUCGCCGGUACUAUAUAAAUUAUAUCGUCAUACAAGUUUAAAAAUCGAUGGGCAAGAACGUGCAUUCUUUUUUAAUGAACAAGCUAAGUCUUCUAAAGAAUAUCGAGCAUUUCAAAUAUUUGAAAAACUUCGUGAUGCUGCAAUUGAAGGACUUUGCAAAUCUCUAUUUAUCCGCUUGGAUUCCGAUCCAAAAUGUGUUGAAGCUUUACUUGUACAACUUUCAGCAAGACUAGCCUCAGGACAUGUCAAUGAUAAUUCGCAUUGGGUGUUUAAUAUUGUAUUGCUCGAUGCAGCUGCUCUCAAACGCCGUUCAUCGAUACGAGACGGUGUUAACAAAGAAAAAUAUGAAAGUUUAUUACAAACAUCGUUAGUGUGUCAUAACACCAUACUUACAUUGGGUCAUAUGGCAAUAACUUUAAAAGAUGUUCAACAUACCCAACAGUCAAUUUUAGCACGAUUUCAACAACGCCUUGGCGAUCCACCAUCACCACUGGAUAUUCUCAUUAUAAAUCAAAUCGGUUGUAUGCUCAUUUCCAGUCUUCCACAAACAACCUACGAAGAAAUUCUUGGACUUUUUACUGAUAUAAUUAUUGAUUCAACUUAUUCUACAUAUGAUAAUACGAAUAAGAAUACAACAACAGGUCGACGUACCACUAAAUAUAAACAAGCGUCAAAUGCAGUAAUUAAUGCAUUAGCUAAUGUAGCUGCCAAUAUUCAAGGAUCAUUAGAAUUGAUGAAUUUAUUAACGAGUAUUCUCGAAUUAUUUGUACAACUUGGUUUAAGAGCAAAAGAUGCCAGUGAAAAAUCAACGAAAAAUGCUCUCAAAGCAUCGAAUACUGCCGGUAGUCUUGGUGUAUUAAUACCUGUUAUAGCUAUCGUGAUGAGACGUAUAUCAGUUAUUGUUGAGCCAUCUGAACGUGUAUUUCGUUUAUUUCAACAUUUUUGGUUUUAUUGUGUUCUCUUUGGUUUUGCUGAUUCCGAAAGAGGCUUAUGGCCAUCGGAAUGGCAUGAUUGUGUUCGAUUAAUUGCUACAAAAUCACCCACAUUAGUAGCUCAAAAUGGUCCCUAUGUGCCAUUGAAAUCUGCUAUGCCAUUAAAACCUGAACAAAUCGCUAAAGAAGAUAAUAAUGAAUUAAAGUCACAAUUAAAUAGUAUUUUUUCGGCUUAUCCAACAGCGAAACCAUUUAUUGAUAGAUUUGGUUUCGAACAAAGUGCCUAUACACUAUCCGUUUAUUAUCUUGAAACAUUCAGAGUUUGCCAUUCACUUGCUCCAUCAGCCUUUCAAUGCAUAUUUUCCUAUCUGGAAGAUGCAGGUUUAUUAAAAGAUAAAUACGGUAUGGAAAAAACUUGUGUAUAUGAUAAUAAGAUUUUAGUUUUUUGCUCGUAUGCCAUAGGUCUAUGGACAUUAAUGACAGCUGUUGGAAGAAAAAGUUUUGAAAUUUAUGUUGAUGAAAUGAAAAAAAUGCCAAAAAGUCCAGAACGAAAUAAAAAUCUUGAAGUUCAAUGUCAAUUUUUUAUGGUUAAACGAACGCAUGUUCGUGCUGAAGUACGAGAAGAAGCUAAACUUUAUCUUUAUUCAUUAUUAUCAAAAAAUGCGUUUCCACAUUUAUUCUGUAAUUCAGUUGUGAUAGAAACAUUAAUGAAUAUUAUCAAUAUAUUAUCGUAUUCAUUAAAUGAAGAUAAUUUACAUAAAGUAACUGCACAUCAUCGUGUACCCAAUACGAACUAUACAAUACAAUUUGUUGAUACUCAUGAAAAACGAUUGGAACUUUAUAAUGCAUUGGUGGAUUUUGGUCGAACUUUUAUUGAACAAGCAUUAAUGAUGUCACCGACAUUACUCAAAUCAUGUAUUCAACAAUAUAUGCUUAAACUUGAACAGGGAAAAAAGAUUUCAAAUGCAGCUAGACAACACAAAGGUUUACAUGUUAUGUGGGAAUAUUUAAGUACUUAUUCAAAAGCUGCUGAUGCCAAUACAACAACUGGGCCAACUAAAUUAUAUUAUCGAAUUGAUUUUGCUGAUUAUAUGGUGUCAUUAGGUGAACGUUGUUCAGCAGUUGGAUUUGUCGAAGGACUUGAUCGAAAUGAAUACCGAACAGCAAUAACUGAAGUAAAAGGACAAAUGGAAGCUGCAAUUUUUAAUCGACUGAAUUCACUUGAUAAAUACAAAUCACUACAACAACGCCGUCGACGAAUGUCAAUUGUAGCGCCUAUAAGUGAUAAAGGCAGUGCACUUGAUUUUGAAGAACGCAUUGCAAUUUUUGAUAGUAACUUUCGAAAUGCACUUUUUAAAUUAACAGCAAUCUUAGUUCAUAAUGUUGAUGAUUCAGAAGAAAAUGAACAUGAAUUACGUUUUACAGCAAUUGGUGGUGCACCCAAUGGGACGCCUUCACAAAAAGAAAAUGCACUUGAUCGCGAGAUGGUUCAUGCUAUGACUUGGCUUCCAGUAAAGAUGUUUACUACAACUGUCAUGGAAGGAGCCAUUGAAUGUUGGUGCUGGGCAAUAAUAGGUCGACCUGAACUUGAACUAUUGAUUGUCGAAGAAAUUUAUAAGGCUUGGGAAAAAAUUAUCAGUGAUCGCCAUGGUCUUUAUUCAAUUGAUAGACCAGAACCGUCACCACUGGCGCCAUCAGAAAAACAAGAAUUAAAACCUAAACCACCAUCUGUAAAUCCACAUCGUAUAUUUUUAAAAUUUAUUGAAGAACGUGUAUUUUUAUGUAUGCACAAAGCUGAUAUUGAAAUGGAAAUGCUUGUUGAUCUAUUACAUAAAUCACUUUCAUUAAUAUUAGAAAAUCCAAGAGCACCAAUGACAAAACAUAUUGGUGCCGUUGGCCUUCGAUUUCGAUUUGUAUAUCUCGCUCUGUAUCUUGUACAGAGUGAUUAUUUAGCUGAUGGUGUUAGUAAAUUUCUACUUCGAGAAAAAAUUUAUCAUACAGCAUUUGAUUAUUUUACUGUUGAUCAUCAUUGUCCAACUCAAACACAUAAUGAAUUAAGAAGUGAUAUACGAACAUUAAUUCGAUUUUUUUCAUUGGUUCAUGGUGAAAAGAAAUUUUGCAGUGAUUCGCCAGCUGCAACUGAUGGUAAUAGCCCAUUAUCGAAUGGUUUGAAUAAUGAAGCUAUCGAUGCUGUUUCAUUAUAUGGAACAGGCAAAAAUGGAGGGACAUCUGGAUGGAUCAAUGCAUUGGCUAGUGGCAGUGCAGCUCCACCAGGACUUGGUGCACUAUCAACAUUAAGUCGAAAAUCUGGCACAUCAGCAAAAAAUACCGAUAAAAGUAAUGAUGCACGAAUAUUAUCUCGAGAUUUACUUAAAAAACGUAAUCUUCUUCUAACUUUACUUGCUUAUGAAAUUGAACGUUUGGAAACGUUUCACAAUCCGUUGGGACGUCCAGAACUUCAGUUCGAUCAAGAUACACAAUCAACAUACACGAAUUGGAAAUUAUACGAUAUGAAUGGAAUCUCUAAUAAAGCUUGGCAAGAAUAUGGCCGUUUAGCUUGGCUUAUUUCACCAGAUUUAGCUGUUAGUCUUUAUUAUACUAUUCCAAAAGAAUCUCUACGUCUUGAAAUUCAACGUCUAGUCAAAUCAUGUCCACUACAAGUUCGUCAUAUACCAGAAGCACUGAUUAUCUUUACGCAAACAUCUGAUAAUGAUCGACAAUGCGAAACAUCACAUAUUUUAACGUGGACUGCAAUUGAUCCUGUCACUGCGUUAUCAUAUUUUGCGAGUGCGCGACUUAAUCAAGUAGCGAAUUCAUAUACAAUACAGUUUGCUUCACGAAUGCUAUAUACAACGAAAUCAGAAGCACUUAUUUUAUACAUUCCUCAACUGGUUCAAGCUGUUCGCUAUGAUGAGAUGGGUUUCGUUCGUUGUUUAAUAUUAGCAUUAUCGAAAAAAUCAAAUUUAUUAGCUCAUCAGCUUAUAUGGAAUAUUCGAACAAAUACAUAUAAAAAUGAAGAUACACCCGAUAAUGAAAUGCAAGCAAAAUUAGAGCCAAUAGCUCGACAAAUUGAACUUGAUUUUACUACGGAUGCCAGAAAUUUCUAUGAACGUGUUUUUACAUUUUCGGAUCGACUUACAAAAGUAUCAGAAACAAUCAAAGUCUAUCCAAAAGGAAAUGCACGCAAAGAAGCAUGUCUACAAGCAUUACGAUCGAUUGGUAGUGAAGUACCACCUGGUGUUUAUCUGCCGUCGAAUCCUGAAGCAAUUGUUAUUUCAUUAUUACCAGAAAGUGGAGCUCCGAUGCAAAGUGCGGCGAAAGCCCCAUAUCGUGCAACGUUUCGUGUACAAACUGUUGGUAUCGAACAAGUUGAACGUUGUGCUGAUCCGGAUUAUGAAUUAAUGCAAGACUUCAGUAAUCAAUAUUCUCAGAUGGCUAUUUUUAAAGUUGGUGAUGAUGUUCGACAGGACAUUCUUGCACUACAAUUAAUGCGUCUUUUUCAAAAUAUAUUCGAACAAGAAGGUUUAGAAUUAUAUCUAUAUACCUAUCGUGUGAUUGCUACGAGUCCUGGUUGUGGUGUGAUUGAGUGUGUACCAAAUUCUCGUUCGCGUGAAGAUAUUGGUAGAAAUACAGAAGUUGGUUUAUUCGAAUAUUUUCGACAUGUUUAUGGAAAAGAUGAUUCAAUCAAAUUUCAAAAAGCACGUCGAAAUUUCGUUAUGAGUAUGGCUGCAUAUUCCAUCGCACUUUUUAUGCUACAAAUAAAAGAUCGUCAUAAUGGAAAUAUUAUGAUUGAUGACGAUGGACAUAUUGUUCAUAUUGAUUUUGGUUUUAUGUUCGAAUCAUCACCUGGUGGAAAUAUGCGUUUUGAACCAGAUAUUAAAUUAACUGCUGAAAUGAUUCUUAUCAUGGGUGACCUUACUGCUCCGGCUUUUCAAUGGUUUAAAGAAUUGUGUAUAAAAGGUUACUUGGCUCUGAGGCGAUAUCGUCAUCAUUUUGUAACUCUUGUCGCAUUAAUGCUUGACACUGGUUUACCCUGUUUUCGCGGUCAUACAUUAGAACAAUUAAAUGCUCGUUUAAAACCUGAUGCAAGUGAAGCUGAAGCAGGUCGUUAUAUGCAUGAAGUAAUUAAUCGAUGUGCACAUAGCUUAAGAACACGUCUAUAUGAUUACAUUCAAUAUCAACAAAAUUCAAUUCCUUAUUAA